UUAACAUCAACGCCAUGUCACAUGGACCACUAGAAGGGCCUAAUUUUGACUUCAAAGAGAUUCUUGACUCCCAGAUUCCUUGUAUAAAGGAAUUAGCAAAGAACCAUCUUCCUAAUGCUUUAGAAAAAAUAUCAUUAUUAGAGAAAAAAACACGCAAAGCUUCAGAUCUUUCUUCUACUUCCAGAUUACUAGUUUUGAUCGUUGAGCUUUGCAAAGAUGCAAACGAAUGGACUUUAAUGUGUGAACAAGUUCAAUUAAUGUCAAAAAGACACGGACAAUUUAAAAAAAGCCUUGUUGACAUGAUUCAAGAGGCUAUAAAAGCUCUUGAUUUUGUACCAAAUCUUAUGAUUAAAUUAGAAUGUAUAGAAUCACUACGUUCUAUUACAGAGGGAAAGAUCUUUUUGGAGGCAGAAAGAGUAUCUCUAACUAGGGAUUUGGCAAAAAUUAAAGAACAACAAAAUAAUAUAAAAGAAGCAGCAGAACUUUUGUGCGAAUUAAAAAUUGAAACAUUUGGUUCUGUUGAUAAACGUGAGAAAACAGAAUUUAUUCUUGAGCAAAUUAGGCUUUGUUUGGCUAAGUCUGAUUAUAACUUGGCGUCUAUUAUUUCUCGUAAAAUAUCAAUUAAAUAUUUUCAAGAGGAAGGUGUUGAAGAUUUGAAAUUAAAAUAUUAUGAAUUGCUUAUUCGUAUUGGGUUAUAUGAAGACAAUUAUCUCGAAGUUUGUAAGUAUUAUAAAGCAGUCUACGAUACACCUAGUAUUAUCCAAGAUGAAUCUAAAUGGAAGGAUGUUUUGCAAAAUAUAGUUUAUUUUAUUAUUAUAUCUCCCUAUGGAAAUGAACAGUCUAAUCUUUUACAUCAUACAUUAGCAGAUCCUAAAUUACAAUCACUUCCGGUUCAUUAUGAACUUAUAAAAUAUUUCACCAAAAUAGAGCUUAUGCGAUGGCCAAAAAUUAAAGAAAUUUAUGGAGAACUUUUUCGAAAAACUUCUGUUUUUGAUCUUAAUGAUGAAAAAGGUAAAAAACGGUGGGCUGAUUUGAAAAAACGAAUUAUUGAACAUAACAUUCGUGUUGUAUCUAAGUAUUAUUUGAGAAUUCGGUUAAGCCGAUUAAACAUGCUUCUUGAUUUAAAUGAGAGAGAAACAGAAGAAUAUUUAUCAAAUUUAGUUACAUCAGGUGUUAUUUAUGCACGUAUUGAUAGGCCUGCACAAACCGUUAGUUUUAUGAAACCAAAAAAUGCCAACGUGAUAUUAAAUGAAUGGAGCUGGAACAUUGGCACUCUUUUAGAAAAAAUUGAAAAAGUUAGACAAAUGAUCUUAAAAGAAGAAAUGCAAGCAAAACUCAGUGUGUAGUAUUAUAUUACAUAUAAUUAGAUGUAUGCAUCUAUAUCUAAUACAUUACAUUAUUUCAUUUUUUCUAUAAAAGA